AGAUAGGUUUGAUGACGAGAAACAUCUUGCUCUAUAAAACAGUAGUCCAGCGCUCAUCCACUGACUGAACCUGAUCACAGCCAGCCUUCUCACAUCACUGGGCCAACAUCACUUUUCUUGACUGGAGCCAAUAGAAGUAAAGGGCCAUCAUGAGUGUGGACGCGGAAAUGGAGUGCUUUGGCCCGGCGGCCAUUUUUCUUCGAAAGCCUGAAAGGGAGAGGAUUGAGGCUCAAAACACACCGUUUGAUGCCAAAACCGCGUACUUUGUGACAGACCCUAAGGAGAUGUACCUUAAGGGUACACUUAUGAGCAAAGAGGGUGGCAAAGUCACCGUUAAAACUCUCUGUGGAAAGACUGUCACAGUGAAGGACGAUGAUAUUCAUCCAAUGAAUCCCCCCAAGUUUGAUAAGAUCGAGGACAUGGCCAUGAUGACCCACCUCAGUGAACCCGCUGUGCUGUACAACCUCAAAGAGCGUUACGCAGCAUGGAUGAUCUACACCUACUCUGGGCUGUUUUGCGUCACUGUGAACCCCUAUAAGUGGCUCCCGGUGUAUGAUACUGUAGUGGUGACAGGCUAUAGGGGCAAAAAAAGAAUUGAAGCCCCACCUCACAUCUUCUCCAUCUCUGACAACGCCUAUCAGUUUAUGCUCACUGAUCGUGAGAAUCAGUCAAUCCUGAUUACUGGAGAAUCUGGUGCAGGAAAGACUGUUAACACCAAACGUGUCAUCCAGUACUUUGCGACAAUCGCUGUGUCUGGACAGAAGAAAGCAGAGGCCGUCUCUGGGAAAAUGAAGGGGUCGCUGGAGGAUCAAAUCAUUGCAGCCAACCCUUUGCUAGAAGCCUAUGGAAAUGCCAAGACUGUGAGGAAUGACAACUCUUCCCGCUUUGGUAAAUUCAUCCGAAUUCAUUUUGGGUCCACUGGAAAGUUGGCAUCUGCUGAUAUUGAAACUUACCUGCUGGAAAAAUCCAGGGUAACUUUCCAGCUAUCUGCUGAGAGGAGCUACCACAUCUUCUACCAGCUCUGCACUGGCCAUAAACCAGAACUGCUGGAGGCUCUUUUGAUCACCACUAACCCAUUUGACUAUCCCAUGAUAAGUCAUGGUGAGAUCACAGUCAAGAGCAUCAAUGAUGUAGAGGAGUUUAUUGCAACCGAUACAGCCAUUGAUAUAUUGGGCUUCAUUCCUGAGGAGAAAAUAGGCAUCUACAAGCUGACAGGAGCUGUGAUGCAUCAUGGGAACAUGAAGUUCAAGCAGAAGCAGAGAGAGGAACAGGCCGAGCCUGAUGGAACUGAGGUGGCUGAUAAAAUCGCUUACCUCAUGGGACUAAAUUCGGCCGACAUGUUAAAAGCAUUGUGUUUUCCCAGAGUGAAGGUUGGGAAUGAAUAUGUGACCAAAGGUCAAACUGUUCCUCAGGUGUAUAAUGCAGCCAUGGCUCUGUGUAAGUCAGUCUAUGAGAAAAUGUUCUUGUGGAUGGUUGUUCGAAUCAACGAGAUGUUGGACACCAAACAAGCAAGACAGUUUUUCAUCGGAGUGCUGGACAUCGCUGGGUUUGAAAUCUUUGAUUACAACAGCCUGGAGCAGCUAUGCAUUAAUUUUACCAAUGAGAAACUGCAACAGUUUUUCAACCACCACAUGUUUGUGCUGGAACAAGAGGAGUACAAGAAAGAAGGCAUUGAGUGGGAAUUCAUUGACUUUGGUAUGGAUUUGGCUGCUUGCAUUGAGCUUAUUGAGAAGCCAAUGGGCAUCUUCUCCAUCCUUGAGGAGGAGUGUAUGUUCCCCAAGGCAACAGACAUGACUUUCAAGAACAAGUUGUAUGACCAGCAUAUUGGUAAAACUGCAUCCUUCCAGAAACCCAAGCCUGUCAAAGGCAAGCCUGAGGCCCAUUUCUCUUUGGUCCAUUAUGCUGGGACUGUAGACUACAACAUCACAGGCUGGCUGGAUAAGAACAAGGACCCUCUCAAUGACUCUGUGGUUCAGUUGUACCAGAAGUCUUCAGUCAAACUGUUGGCUCACCUGUAUGCAACCCACGCCUCUGCUGAAGCUGAGGCUGGUGGCAAAAAGGGCGGAAAAAAGAAAGGUGGUUCCUUCCAGACUGUGUCCGCUUUGUUCCGGGAGAACUUGGGCAAACUGAUGACCAAUUUGAGAAGCACUCAUCCUCAUUUUGUCCGUUGCCUGAUUCCAAAUGAGUCCAAGACUCCAGGUCUUAUGGAGAACCCUCUGGUCAUUCACCAGUUGCGCUGUAAUGGUGUACUGGAGGGAAUCAGGAUCUGUAGGAAAGGUUUUCCAAGCAGAAUCCUCUAUGGUGACUUUAAGCAGAGAUACAAAGUAUUGAAUGCUAGUGUCAUUCCUGAAGGUCAGUUCAUUGACAAUAAGAAGGCUUCUGAGAAGCUUCUCGGCUCCAUUAAUGUAGACCAUACACAAUACAAGUUUGGGCACACCAAGGUAUUUUUCAAAGCUGGGCUUCUGGGUCUUCUCGAGGAGAUGAGAGAUGAGAAACUAGCAGAGCUGGUUACCAUGACUCAGGCUCUUUGUCGCGGAUACAUCAUGAGGAAAGAAUUUCUCAAAAUGAUGGAGAGAAGAGAAUCCAUCUUCACCAUCCAAUACAACAUCCGCUCAUUCAUGAAUGUGAAACACUGGCCAUGGAUGAAGCUGUACUUUAAGAUCAAGCCUCUGCUGAAGAGCGCAGAGACCGAGAAGGAAAUGGCAGCCAUGAAAGAGAACUUUGAAAAAAUGAAGGAGGAUCUAGCAAAGGCACUCGCCAAGAAAAAGGAGCUGGAGGAGAAGAUGGUUUCUCUGAUACAGGAGAAAAAUGACCUUCAGCUACAAGUAGCAGCAGAGAGUGAAAACCUUUCUGAUGCUGAGGAGAGAUGUGAAGGACUGAUCAAAAGCAAGAUCCAGCUUGAGGCCAAACUUAAAGAGGCCACAGAAAGAUUAGAGGAUGAAGAGGAAAUCAACGCCGAGUUGACAGCAAAGAAGAGAAAACUAGAGGAUGAGUGCUCUGAACUGAAGAAAGACAUUGAUGAUUUAGAGUUGACCUUAGCCAAAGUGGAGAAGGAAAAGCAUGCCACUGAGAACAAGGUGAAAAAUCUUACUGAGGAGAUGACUUCUCUGGAUGAAACCAUUGCAAAGUUAACCAAAGAAAAGAAAGCCCUCCAAGAGGCACAUCAACAAACUUUGGAUGAUCUGCAAGCAGAGGAAGACAAAGUCAAUACUCUGACCAAAGCCAAAUCUAAACUUGAACAACAAGUGGAUGAUUUGGAAGGUUCUCUGGAGCAAGAAAGGAAGCUUCGCAUGGAUCUUGAAAGAGCCAAGAGAAAGCUAGAAGGUGACCUGAAACUAGCCCAAGAAUCCGUAAUGGAUCUGGAAAAUGACAAACAACAGUCAGAAGAGAAGAUAAAGAAGAAGGACUUUGAGAUAAGCCAACUUCUAAGCAGGAUUGAGGAUGAGCAGUCUGUUGGUGUCCAGCAUCAAAAGAAGAUCAAGGAACUCCAGGCUCGUAUUGAGGAGCUGGAGGAAGAAAUCGAGGCAGAACGUGCAGCUCGAGCUAAGGUCGAGAAGCAGAGGGCCGAUUUCGCCAGGGAACUUGAGGAGAUCAGCGAGAGGCUCGAAGAAGCUGGCGGCGCCACCUCUGCCCAGAUUGAGAUGAACAAAAAACGUGAGGCUGAUUUUCAGAAGCUGCGACGUGAUCUUGAAGAGUCCACCUUGCAGCACGAAGCGACAGCUGCGGCGCUUCGCAAGAAGCAGGCGGACAGCGUGGCGGAGCUGGGCGAGCAGAUCGACAACCUCCAGCGAGUGAAACAAAAGCUGGAGAAGGAGAAAAGUGAGUUUAAGAUGGAGAUCGAUGACUUGUCCAGCAAUAUGGAGGCUGUUGCCAAAUCAAAGGGUAACUUGGAGAAGAUGUGUCGUACUUUGGAAGAUCAACUGAGUGAACUUAAGUCCAAAAAUGAUGAAUGUGUCCGACAGUUAAAUGAUUUGAGUGCACAAAGAGCAAGGCUGAAUACUGAGAAUGGUGAAUUAAGCCGUCAGUUGGAAGAAAAAGAAGCUCUUGUUUCUCAGUUGACUCGAGGCAAGCAGGCUUACACUCAGCAGAUUGAGGAGCUUAAGAGGCAGAUGGAGGAGGAAAUUAAGGCAAAGAAUGCCCUGGCACAUGCUCUACAAUCUUCUCGUCAUGACUGUGAUAUGCUCAGAGAGCAGUUUGAGGAGGAACAAGAGGCCAAAACUGAGCUCCAGCGUGGCAUGUCUAAGGCCAACAGUGAGGUAGCUCAGUGGAGGACCAAAUAUGAGACUGAUGCCAUUCAGCGUACAGAGGAGCUCGAGGAAGCAAAAAAAAAGCUUGCUCAGCGUCUUCAGGAAGCUGAGGAGUCCAUUGAGGCUGUGAAUGCUAAGUGUGCCUCUCUAGAGAAGACCAAGCAUCGACUACUGGGUGAAGUUGAAGAUCUCAUGAUUGACGUAGAGAGAGCCAAUGCACUUGCCGCCAAUCUUGACAAGAAGCAACGGAACUUUGACAAGGUUUUGGCAGAGUGGAAGCAAAAGUAUGAAGAAAGCCAGGCAGAACUGGAAGGAGCUCAGAAAGAGGCUCGUAAUCUAAGCACGGAGAUGUUUAAGAUGAAAAACUCCUACGAAGAGGCCAUAGAUCACCUGGAAACCCUGAAGCGGGAGAACAAAAACCUUCAACAGGAAAUCUCUGACUUAACUGAACAAAUUGGUGAAACUGGAAAGACUAUUCAUGAGCUUGAAAAGGGCAAAAAGACGGUUGAAAUUGAGAAAAGCGAAAUUCAGACUGCUCUAGAGGAAGCUGAGGCGACCCUGGAACAUGAAGAAUCCAAGAUCCUUCGUAUUCAACUCGAGCUGAGCCAGGUGAAGGGGGAGGUAGAUCGGAAAUUGGCCGAGAAGGAUGAGGAGAUUGAACAGAUCAAGAGGAACAGCCAGAGAGUGAUUGAAUCCAUGCAGACCACUCUGGACGCUGAAGUCAGGAGCAGGAAUGAAGCUCUAAGAGUCAAGAAGAAGAUGGAAGGAGACCUCAAUGAGAUGGAGAUUCAGUUGAGCCAUGCAAACCGCCAGGCCGCUGAAGCUCAGAAGCAGCUCAGAAAUGUUCAAGGACAACUUAAGGAUGCACAACUUCAUCUUGAUGAAGCUAUAAGGAGUCAAGAAGAUAUGAAAGAACAGGUUGCCAUGGUUGAACGCAGAAACAACCUGAUGCAAGCUGAGAUUGAAGAAUUGAGAGCUGCUCUCGAGCAGGCAGAGAGAGGUCGUAAAGUGGCCGAGCAGGAACUUGUGGAUGCCAGCGAGCGAGUAGCACUUCUCCAUUCCCAGAACACCAGUCUCAUCAAUACCAAGAAGAAGCUCGAGUCUGAUCUUGUCCAAAUCCAAGGUGAAGUGGAUGACGCCAUUCAGGAAGCCAGAAAUGCAGAAGAAAAGGCUAAAAAAGCUAUUACUGAUGCUGCCAUGAUGGCAGAAGAAUUGAAGAAAGAGCAGGACACAAGUGCUCAUCUUGAGAGGAUGAAGAAGAACCUGGAGGUUACGGUCAAAGACCUGCAGCACCGUCUGGAUGAGGCUGAAAGUCUGGCCAUGAAGGGUGGAAAGAAGCAGAUCCAGAAACUGGAAGCUAGGGUUCGUGAGCUGGAGAGUGAAGUUGAGAAUGAGCAAAGAAAAUGUGCCGAAGCUGUCAAGGGAGUUCGCAAGUAUGAGAGAAGAGUGAAGGAACUCACCUACCAGACAGAGGAGGAUAAAAAGAAUUUGAACAGACUGCAAGAUCUGGUGGACAAACUGCAGAUGAAAGUGAAGUCUUAUAAAAGACAAGCUGAAGAAGCUGAGGAACAGGCCGGCACUCACCUGUCAAGGUACAGGAAGGUGCAACAUGAGAUGGAGGAGGCUCAGGAGAGGGCUGACAUUGCCGAGUCCCAAGUCAAUAAGCUUAGGGCAAGGAGCCGUGAUCUAGGAAAGACAAAAGAGUCUGCAGAGUAAAUGGGCAAAUCCAAGCAAAGUCAACCUUAUUAUGGAAAGUCAAGUUUUCGCCAAACUUUUAACCAUACUGAUAUGUCGGAUGUCCAUGUUUGUGGUUGAAAUAGCCAUGCAAAGUCUCUGUUAAAGUUUUUAAAGCAUUUUUUUUCAUAGUUAAGUGCAAAUUUUAGAAUUGUCGGAAAAAUGUCACAUCCAUAACGUUUCUUCCUCAUAAAUGCGCAUACAGAAAUUUAAUUAAAACAUUCAAUGUUCUUUGAAGAGA